CUCUCCUCCCCCCUCUUCCCCAGUCUCCCACCCCGACUCACCGGACCACCGAUCUCGUCGUCCUUAUUCACACCCCUGCAGCUUAUUCCAACCCUUAUUCGCUAUUUUAUUCCGAGCCCUCCAUGGACGACACCGAGGACGACGCGAGGUACCCACCCAAACCUCGCCGAGCUCCCUUAUCCUCCUCCUCCUCCCGAUCCUUCCACCGUGGCGACGAGGACGACGAGGUCGAGCCCGUAGAUCGCUACCGCAAGAUCCAUAGGGAGCACGACGACGACGACGACGACGACGAUGAUGAGGAGGAGGAGGGGGAGGAGGAGGAUGAGGACGUCGAGGAUGGGCGCGAUUCCCCGGAUAGCCGCGGGAAGCGGCGGCGGAUCGAUAGGUAUGCUCUAGGGUUCGAGUUCGCCCCGCGCGUGACCCCCCCGCCACAUUGGUCGGAGGAGUCGACCUUGGCGCUCCUCGAGGCGUGGGGCGACCGCUUCGUCCAGAACGAGCGUAAGAGCAUCCGCGCCGAGGAGUGGAGCGAGGUGGCGAGGAAGGUGGCUCAGGCGGGGAGGGUCCCCUGGUCGGAGUCCCAAUGCCGGAAUCGGGUGGAUACCUUGAAGAAGAAGUACAAGAAGGAGAAGGCGAGGUUGGUGGAUCCGAACGCCCGGUCGAGCAGCAGCAGCUGGAUCUACUUCAAAAAGAUGGACGAGUUGAUGUCCCCGCCGUCGCCCCCGCCGCCGCCGCCGCCGCCUGCUCCAUCGCGGCAGCAUCAGCCGCCACCGCAGCAGCAAAUGCCGCAGCUCCCAAUUGGAGUUAAUACCGGAGAGUAUGCCUUUGCCCGUUCCAACGGGCACAGCAAGGUGCCGGAUAGCGUGACUGAUGAUGAUGUUGAUGGUGACGAUGACGAUGAGGAGUCGGAUGGGAUGCCGCCGCCGCCACCGAGCGACAGGGGGUUUAGAGUUUCGUACUCGUCGUACAGGAUGCUGGCGGAGUCAAUCCGGAAGUUCGGGGAGAUAUAUGAGAAGAUGGAGCAUAGCAAGAGGCAGCAGAUGGCGGAGCUGGAGAGGAUGAGGAAGGAUUUCCAGAGAGAAUUGGAGGUACAGAAGAGGCAGAUCUUGGAGAGGGCUCAGGCGGAGAUAGCUAAGAUUAGGGAGGAAGAGGGGGAGGAGGAUGAAGAUACUGAGAGAACAGAGGAUGAUGAUGAUAACGACGAGGAUGGGAUCGAUGCUUCCGCUGAGAAUUUGAGUGGAUGAGGAAUCGAAUGUGGCUGAGAGAGCUAUCCUGCUAAUCAAUCAUAUAGAAAGAUGCCAUUUGGAUUCGAGAGAGCAUCAACUGCAGAUGCAAUGGGAGAUUGUAUACUUGAAGUGCUCAGAGAGAGCACAGAAGCCUUGUGUUGUCUUAUGCAGUAAAUAAGCGAUUCGUAAAAUAGUCUUAAGCUUAUGAAAAGAUUGGCUAGAUUUGUACUCUUUAUCUACAUGUGAUUUGUCUCUCUUUCUUUCUUCUUUAUUUUAUUUGUGCAAUUGUAAACCGAGUGAUCUGCACAUCUUUUAUUGCUAAAUGUUGUUCUGCACGAUCUAGUUCUUCUUUGAGCACACUCCUGGAACUGGGAAAAGAUAUCAUGAAAUCUGGGGUUGACGAA